AUGUCUCCGAUCAUUCUACGUUUCUUAAUUGUUUCCCUCUAUUUUACAUUUCAAAUAACUUUCAUAUCCUCAAUCUGCCGUGGAUUCUGCGGAAACGCAGCCGUUCGAUACCCUUUCGGUAUCGACGACGGCUGCGGUUCCCCGGAGUUUAAAGGAAUGAUGAACUGCUCAAACUCAACCGAUCUCUUCUUUCAAACUCCAUCAGGUAACUACAAAGUCCAAACAAUUGACUACGAAAAACAAACAAUGGUCAUUUAUGACCCGACAAUGUCAACUUGUUCUAUUCUUCAACCUCACCAUGAUUUCGUAAUGUCGGAAACUCAAAACGCUGUCAUUACUCCGACACAGGAUACUGUCUUUGCUCUUGUUAAUUGUUCGAUAGAUUCCCCUGUUCUCAAUCGAUACAGUUCACUCUGUUUCAACUUUUCGGGGCAUACAUGCGACGAACUAUACGGAUCUUGCAACGCGUUUCGCGUUUUCCAUUUGUAUACAAACAGUUCGCCUCCGUGUUGUUUCACUAGCUAUUCGACUAUGAAAUUCAUGAACAUGAACAUUCUCGAUUGUAGUCAUUACACUACUGUUUUUAAUACCGAUUCCUUAAAAGGAAUUGGACCACUCGAUUGGCUAUAUGGAAUCAAGUUGUCUUUUGCUGUCCCCGACACGGGCUGUCAACAAUGUUUUAAGUCGGGUGGGAGUUGUGGUUACAAUGUGGAGACAGAGGGUUCACUCUGUAUUUGUAAUGCUACUGUUAAUUCGACCAGACAAUGUGCUUUGGCAGGUGUUGCCGCUGACUCAGCUAUGGCGACCGGAUGGAGUCAAAGCCCAAAACACGUUUACCAUAUGCUGCUUAUUCUAUAUUUGGCAUCGGUCACUCUAUUAUCUAUAUUCUUCUAG